GCUGGGUUGGUGCUGGCCAAUAGGAACGCAGAGCUGGUGGAAUUGGCCAAUCAGAUCGCAGAACAGGUGCAGCCAGCCAAUCAGCGCCCAGAACAGGUGGAACUGACCAAUCAGCUGCCAGAACAGGUGGAACUGACCAAUCAGAUGCCAGAAGAGGUGGAAUUGGCCAAUCAGCGCUUAGAAGAGAUGGAAUUGACCAAUCAGCGGCCAGAAGAGGAGGAAUUGGCCAAUCAGAUUCCAGAACAGGUGCGGCUGACCAAUCAGAACCCAGAAUACGUGCAAUUGACCAAUCAAGUGGAGGUGCUAGCCCAUGAGGUGAUUCAGCACGAGAUUCUAACCAAUCAGGAAGGUGAUUUCGAGGAAGUGACCAAUCAGGAUGCAGAACGAGAGGUCGUCGAAGUCAUAGCCAAUAAGUACGCAGGUGAGGUGCCCUCAGCCAAUCAGAGCUCCGAUAGCGAUCUCCACUCCGAUGACGUCACCAAUCCCACCGAAAGGACCAAUGGCGAAGCCCCGAGCGGUCAAACUAUGACGUCAUGGCAUCGUGACGUCACGGAUAUUAAUAGCAGUACCCAUCCUUGGCACUCCCCUCAGUUACCCACUGACCGCCGCGGAGGGAGGAGCUACGCCGCCGCCGCUCCCGAGGUGCCCACGCGUACCCCAAACACCGCGAGUGCCGAGAACAGUGCCCAGGACAGUGCCACACCCUUCGCCAUGCCCAAGGAGGCGCCGCCCACGCCCACGAGGGUCAAGACGCGAUCCUACGGGCGUGUGGAGGUCUACGUCGCCAAGACGGGCGAGGAGGUGCCCCAGAACAGGGCGCGGGAUGCCCCCAUGCCCCAUCACGUGACCUUCUGCCCGUCGGUGAAGCAAGUGAACUGGCGAGAGAGCUAUUUCGACGAAGGGGAAGAGGAGGAGACGAGAAUACAGGGAGGAGGAAGGGCAGGAGGGGAGGAGGAAGGAGGAGGAGGUAAGAGAGACGGGGAAGAGGAGGAGGAAGGAAGAGCGAAUGAGGGAGGUGGAGAACAGUGCGAUAGGAAUGGAGGAGGAGGUAGGGAAGCGAGGAUAAUCGAGGGAGGAAGAAGCGAAAGCGGAGAAACGAUCAUAACGAAAGUAAAGAUCGUGGAGAGCAGAAGUCCGAGGAUCCAGAGAAUAACUCCCUUGGCCACGCCCCUUUCGGCACAAGCCACGCCCCCUUCUGCACAAACCACGCCCCCUUCUGCACAAAUCACGCCCGUUUCAUCACAAGCCACGCCCAUUUCAGCACAAAUCACGCCCGUUUCACCACAAGCCACGCCUCCUCCAGCGAAACCCAUGCCUCCACCCAAGGCCACGCCCAUUUCAUCACAAACCACGCCCACUUCAGCCCAAACUUCUCCCACUCCAACUCAGACCCCGCCCACUUCAGCCCAAACUCCGCCCACUUCAGCCCAGACCACGCCCCCCUCAGCCCAAACCCCGCCCACCAUCUGGCAGCGGCUGAAACCCUCUCGCGGGGGCGUGGCCAAGCCCAAAAUCCCCCCAAAGCCCAAAUCCCUGACCUGUUCCUCCUCGUCGUCGCCCUUAUCGUCCCCUGAGGUCAAGAGGCCAGGCCACGCCCUCCUGAGGUGGGGCAGCAAGCGACGGACCAAUCAGAGCAAAGGGCGCGAGGCGGCCUCCUCCUCGUCGUCCAAUGAGAGAGCUUCCCCGCGUGACGAAAACUCCUCGUCCAAUGAGAUGGCUUCCCCGCGUGACGGUCCUCCCGCGUCGACCAAUGGGAGGCCCUCGUCGCCUCCCUCGCGCCGUGACGUCAUCGAUUCCCCGAGUGACGUGGUGGAUUCGUCGUCGUCGUCUUGUGACGUCACGUCGUCCUUGACCAAUGAGGUUUUGGCGUCGCUUAGUGACGUCACACCAUCGCCACGUGACGACACACCUUUACGUGACGUUACACCUUCGCCACGUGACGUCACACCUUCGCCACGUGACGUCACACCCUCUCCACGUGACGACACACCUUUACGUGACGUCACACCUUCGCCACGUGACGCCACACCCUCACGUGACGUCACCGGAGGCCGCCUGCCCCCCCUCCCCCCCCCCCCCCCCCAGCGGCCGACCUCCUACCACCUCCAGAGGGCGAAAUUAGUGAACGCGAGACGGCAAUACUUCUCGAGGUCGGCGAGUCUGAGUUCGGCCUUGACCGCGACCCCGCCCUCGUCCUCGAGCGUGACCUCGUCCUCGACCUCGCCCGAAGUCAACGGAGGUCACGACGAGGCCAGGUCAUCUCCGCCGACGUCCCCGGAGGCGCCGAGGUCGAAGGUCAACUCGCACCUGACCUCGUCCUCGACCUCCCUGACCUCCCACGGCCUGAGGUCUUCCUUGAACGCGCCCUCGACCUCGUCCUUGACUUCGACCUCGUCCUUGACCUCGCCCCCAACCUCGUCCUCGACCCAUGACGCCCUAAGGUCAAGGCUCAGCGCCUUCUACUCGAGCACGAGGUCCGCGCGCGCGCGCCUGGCCGCCAGCACACCCAAUCUGGAAGCGGUAGGGGCGAGUCUGCGCAGAAACGGCACGGAUAUUGAUCCUUACGGGUGGCGGAGGGCGGCGGGGGGAGGAGGGGGCGGCGGGGGGCCGGGGGGGCGGCGACCCACCCCCUCCCCCUUCCUCGUCCCCGACCCUCCCCCGGGCGGCCAGUGUGUGCCAUGCCUCGCCCGGGGAAGCACCACGUCGCGCCGGCCCUCCGUUCUCCGCCUCGUCCUCGAGUGCCAGCUGCCCCCCUUCGUCCGGCGACCCUUGGAGCUCGAGGGCCACCUUCCCCCGCGGCGCCGACCCCCCCCGGGCCCUCCUCGAGACCGACCUAGACACGGGGCUGUCCAACCAAUGGCUCUACCUCCAGGAGACCAACCUCGACGCCUUCCAUAAGGACCUGACUCUCAUCCUCGAGGCGAUCCCGG